CUUCCCUCAGCAGAGCGGCGGCGGCGGCAGCUUCGGUAGCAGCAAGCAGCAGCAGCAACAGAAGCUGCCGCGACACUGAGUAGCUGCAAGGACUCCGAGUCAGAGUAGGAUUAUAGGAUUGGAUCUGAGUGGGAACAAGAGUGAGCUGAGAGAGAGCGGAACCCUCCCAGCGCUCUCCGGCCACCCAUUGCCAGCGGUCUUCGUGCCAGACCUCUUGAGAGGAGACGGGACAGCCAACCUCAGACUCCCCAGGUACAGAUGCUGAGCAGCUCUGGGGGACUGCCCACAGAUGCCCAUUGGAUUUCUGGGCCUGAGGAUGGCAUCCUCUCUGCUUGAGGGUGCUUUCAGGGUCCUUCCGAAGGAAUUUGGGGUGAGAUAAUCCUCCUUGAAUGUCAGUACCCUCCAACAGCAUCAAAUUGACCCUAUUCUUGGGGCCUUCAGAAGCAACCAUCUCAGUCCAAAAUAGUGGCAUAUACCUUCAAUCCCAAUACUCGGGAGAUAGGAGCAGGAAGAAGCUCACUAUGGCUCCAGUCCCCUGGCCAUGCUGACAGCGGCUUGCAGUAAAUUUGGUGGCUCCAGCCCUCUGCGGGACUCAACGUCGCUGGGAAAAGGAACCACAAAGAAGCCAUAUUCCGACCUUUCAGCCCCCAAAACCAUGGGGGAUGCUUACCCAGCUCCGUUCUCAAGCACCAAUGGACUCCUCUCACCUGCAGGCAGUCCUCCAGCCCCAGCCUCUGGCUAUGCCAAUGACUAUCCACCCUUUCCUCACUCAUUUCCUGGGCCCACAGGGGCCCAAGACCCUGGGCUACUGGUGCCCAAGGGGCACGGCUCCUCUGACUGCCUGCCUAGUGUCUACACCUCUCUGGACAUGGCACAUCCCUAUGGCUCCUGGUACAAGGCAGGCAUUCAUGCAGGCAUCUCAGCAGGUCCAGGCAACACACCUACUCCUUGGUGGGACAUGCACCCUGGGGGCAACUGGCUAGGUGGUGGGCAGGGCCAGGGUGAUGGGCUGCAAGGGACACUGUCCACAGGCCCUUCCCAGCCUCCACUGAACCCCCAGCUGCCUACUUACCCAUCUGACUUUGCCCCCCUUAAUCCAGCUCCCUAUCCAGCGCCCCACCUCCUGCAGCCAGGGCCCCAGCAUGUUCUACCCCAAGAUGUCUAUAAGCCCAAGGCAGUUGGCAAUAGUGGCCAACUGGAAGGGAGUGGUGCAGGCAAACCCCCUCGGGGUGCAGGCACUGGGGGCAGUGGUGGAUAUGCCGGCAGUGGGGCCGGGCGUUCUACUUGCGACUGCCCCAAUUGUCAGGAGCUAGAGCGGCUGGGGGCAGCAGCGGCUGGGCUGCGGAAGAAGCCCAUUCAUAGCUGCCACAUCCCUGGUUGCGGCAAAGUGUACGGCAAGGCUUCACAUCUGAAAGCCCACUUGCGCUGGCACACUGGCGAGAGGCCUUUCGUCUGCAACUGGCUUUUCUGUGGCAAGAGGUUCACCCGCUCUGACGAGCUGGAGCGCCAUGUGCGCACUCACACCCGGGAGAAGAAGUUCACCUGCCUGCUCUGCUCCAAGCGCUUUACCAGAAGCGACCACUUGAGCAAACACCAGCGCACCCACGGGGAGCCAGGCCCGGGGCCGCCCCCAAGUGGCCCUAAGGAGCUGGGGGAGAGCCGCAGCGUCGGGGAAGAAGAAGCCAGUCAGCCUCCCCGAUCUUCCACCUCGCCUGCACCCCCAGAGAAAGCCCCUGGAGGCAGCCCGGAGCAGAGCAAUCUGCUAGAGAUCUGAGCUGGGUAGAGGAAGGUCUCCAGCUUCAGGGUCCUCUUCCCAGGCUCUCUUGGUGUGGUGGGCCACUGCUUGCUCCUCAUUCUUUUCCAUGCAUGUUAUACUUUGGGGUUCUCUCUGCCUUCCCCUAGACAUUCCUAGCCUGGCUAUCUCCUUAGCUCUCCUCCCUUUGCCACAAGUCUUAGCCAAACUCCUCGCAAGCCCUUGCCUGUGCCCACUUCCUGUGCUCUGGCUUCCUAAUUUUUUUCCUCCCUGCUCCUGUUCACAGCCUCGCUUACUUUCCUUCCAUUUGGGUUUCAACUCUUAGCCAUCGAUCGAGUCUUUCUGCUUCCCGACCCUAUUUGCCACUUUCCCUGCAGCUUCAGGCUGUGUUCCAGAUUUACCUUGUGCUCUCUGUUCCUUUGAACCUUUAAAAAACAAAAACAAAAAACAAAAAACUCAGCAACGAACACAAUGAUGAUGAUGAUGAAGAUGAUAAUUUAUUGCCCCCUGGUGGUUCUUCAUUAGGAAGCAGCGUUAAGGAGAUUGGUACUAGUAACCUGGCUGGGAGCAGAGUGCCAAGAAGGGGGCAGAUCAGCGGGGAUCUGAUCCCAAAGAUGGGGUGACCCCAGGGUCAGGGAGGCUGCCCUCAGCUUGAGUACUUAACCCCUCUGUGCCGGGAGUAAAGAAUAGUAAUAAUAAUAAUUCUAUUUAUCUAACUUAUGAUGACGGGUCAGGUAGAGUGAGCUGGAGAAGGAAGGAGAUCUUUUUUUUGUUUGUUUGUUUGUUUUUUGUUUUUCGAGACAGGGUUUCUCUGUAUUGUUUUGGAGGCUGUCCUGGAACUCGCUUGGUAGACCAGGCUGGUCUUGAACUCACAGAGAUCCGCCUGCCUCUGCCUCCCGAGUGCUGGGAUUAAAGGUGUGCGCCACCAACGUCCGGCUCUUUUUUUUUUUUUUUUUAACUAAGGAAAUCUAAUCAAAUGUAUCUUUGUAUAGACAAAACAGUCGUGGAGAUCUUGUUCUUAGAUCUCUAUCAUUGAGGUCUCAAUGGGUUUCUUUUUCAGGGGAGUUCUUUUUAUGUUUUGUUUUUUAUUUUGUUUUUAGAGACAGGGUUUCUCUGUAGCUUUGGAGGCUGUCCAGACUGACCUCGAACUCACAGAGAUCCACCUGCCUCUGCCUCGGGAGUGUUGGGAUUAAAAGCGUGGACCACCACCCCCGGCUCUCAGUGCAGUUUUAAAAAGGAGUUGUUAGAGUUUAGCUGUGUCUCUCAGUUAGGUCACUAAGAUCCCCAGCCCCAGCCAGAAGCUGUGAAACUUCAAGUCCUACGGAGGGAAAGACUGGACUGUACCCCAGCUCUCUCGACCUCAAAGCAGGUGCCACUGACCCUCUCCUCACACCAGGUUAAUCCCCUGUUGUCAUGGUUACGGAGAAUUUGCGGCUGCCAUCUGAAACAUGUCCUUUUGGGGAAAGUCCACCUAACAGGAGGACUUUGGUUUGGAUGUGCCCCUCCGGAAAAAUAGGUGGGGAAGGCUUUCUCUGGGAUCAAAUCCAAGUACAUCAAGUAUUUAUUCAAUGCCUACUAUGUGCAAGGCCUGGUGCCUAGAAGCCAUGAGAAAGAAUUUAUAGCAGGACGGAGGUCCCUAAACGAAUUUGGGGAUACAUCCACAGGCCCCCAAUGUAGGAGUGGAAACUCCGUUCCAGUGACUUUUAAAAGCCGCUUCGUGCCUUUGAACGCCUUUCCUGAGACUGUUGGAUCUUCCUGUUUCAUCCUCUGCGCCUUCCAGGCCCCCAGAUAAAAGCCAGUGGAGUCUGAGAAGAGCAUAGCAUCGUUGAAGGGAUCAUCCCCUUGUGGAAUCUUUCUCUCUUUUUUUAAUUUAAUAAAUAAAAGUUCCAUUUGAAA